AUGGUGACCACAAGAACAACCAGGUGCAAACUCUCUCCGGAGCUGGGCCUUGUCGGUGCACUGAGGAGUCCAGGAGCUUCCGGGAACCCCCUUGGCUCAAUCCAGAUCGUGAGAGGGGAAUGUGUGGUGAUGUGCAGCUGUGUCUGUGGGAGAUUGUCUGAGUUUUCUGUGAAGGGACCAGAUGAGCCCAUCAAUGUCUUGCUAGGGGCAGAUGCCACUCUGCCCUGCCAGCUGUCCCCUGAGCAGAGUGCAGCCCACAUGCACAUCCGGUGGUACCGAGACCAGCUCUCCCCUGCUGUGCUUGUGUACCAGAAUGGACAGGAACGAGGCGGGCAGCAGAUGCUGGAGUACCGCGGAAGAACGGAGUUGGUGGGGGACUCCAUCCACAAGGGGUCUGUGGCGCUGCUGAUCCAACACGUCCGUGCCUCUGACAAUGGCCAAUACCAGUGUCGUUUUGAGGAUGGUCACAUCUCCCAAGAGGCCAUCGUGGAGCUGCAUGUUAUAGGUUUGGGCUCUGCCCCUCACGUUCACAUGAUGGGGCCUGAGGAUGGUGGGAUCCGAGUGCUGUGCUCCUCAGGUGGCUGGUUCCCAAAACCCAGAGUGCAGUGGAGCAACAUGGCGGGAGUGAAGCUACCAACCCUCUCUGAGUCUCAAACCCAAGAUGGAGAUGGGCUCUUCUAUGUGGAAGCAUCUCUUGUGGUCACAGACAGCUCCCUGGGCAACGUGACCUGCUCCAUCCAGAAUCCCUUCUCUGGCCAAGAAAAAGUGUCAGCCAUCUUCCUUCCAGAGCCUUUCUUCCCCAGGACAUCUCCAUGGAAGGCAGCCCUGGCUGGGACACUCCCUGUGUUGGGGCUCCUCCUCAUCGGGAUCAGCUACACUGGCUGGAGAGAACAUCAAGCCAAAGAGAGAGAAGUAAAGAAAACAAAGAAAGAAUCUCAUGAAAGAGAUCAGAUGAGGAAUGAAAAGGAAAUGGCACUUACUGCCAAAGCAAACCUUGAGGCAGAGCUUGAAGGGCGAAAAGCAUUAUACAAUGAAGAUUGGAAGAAGGCCCUGCUGUAUCCUGACUGGAGAAAGGAACAGUUCCAGCUUGCCCCUGUGACUCUAAGUCAUGAAAUCUUUCACCAGAACGAUUCUGACCCAGAGAGAAAAGAGAACUUCAGGGAGGGAACACAGGAUCUAUCUCUCAGUAAUAAGCAAGAAGACUGCAACCUUAUCACACUUACUCAGGAAGGCUUCAGUUUCUGGAGACAUUUUUGGGAGGUGGACAUUGAAGACAUUGAUGAGUGGACUCUAGGCAUUUAUGAGGAGCCCAUAGAGAAUAACAAAUAUCUACAAAAGAAGAAAUACAGAGUCUUACAGAAGAAGGGAUGUGAAUACAGGGCUCUCACCUAUUGUCUACAAGAUAUUUCUCUAGAAAAGUCUCUCCUGAUAGAAAAGUGUCCGCGAAAGAUUGUGAUUUUCCUGGAUUAUGAGGAUGGUGAUAUUUCUUUCUACAACAUGACUGAUGGUACCCACAUUUUCUCCUUUACCCAAGCAAGCUUCUCUGGGUCUGUCCAUCCUUACUUCAAACUUAAAUCCAUGGAAAUGUCUUCAUCUGCACAAUAUUAA